AUGUUUUUCCCUUAUCCAGCGUCUCAAAACAACAAACCAGUUCUCGACGCCGAUCACCCGCUCCCUCUUGCGCAAAUCCAUCAGCCUCCAUGGGAGAACUUGAGAGGCUGCGAGAGCAGCUACGGGAAGAGCAGCGCCUACGCGAAGUUGCUGAAGGCCGCGCCCUCGAAGAACAACACCAACGAGAAGAAGAGCAACGCCGACGUGAAGCCGCCGAAGGUCGCGCCCUCAAGGAACAACACCAACGAGAAGAAGAACAACGCCGACGCGAAGAAGAGUAACGCCGACGCGAAGAAGAGCAACGCCGACGCGAAGAAGCCGAGAAACUCGCAGAUGCAUCGCGACCAUUGA